AUGGCUGCAGAAAAUGCAAAAAGCAAGGAUCUUUAUCCACUAGCUUUGUUAAUGGACGAGCUUAAGCAUGACGAUAUCGCCAACAGGGUUGAGGCAAUGAAGAAACUUGAUACAAUUGCUAUUGCAUUGGGUUCACAGAGGACUAGGGAAGAAUUGAUUCCAUUCUUGGUAGAAGUAGCGCAAGAUGACGAGGACGAAGUUUUUGCUGUUCUCGCAGAAGAACUGGGUAAAUUCGUUCCGUACGUGGGUGGUCCGGAGUAUGCCACUAUAUUGCUACCCCCUUUAGAAAUUUUAGCAUCUACGGAGGAAACGCUGGUCAGAGAUAAAGCGGUUGAUUCACUAAAUGCUGUCGCGCAAGAACUUUCACAAGACCAACUGUUUCAUGACUUCAUACCCUUAAUCGAACAUUUAGCAACAGCCGACUGGUUUUCGUCAAAAGUUUCAUCAUGUGGUCUUUUCAAAUCAGUUAUUGUUAGAGUAAAGGACGAUUCUUUGAGGAAAGACCUUUUGGCUUUAUACCUUCAGUUAGUCGAAGAUGAUACCCCAAUGGUCAGAAGAACGGCAGCAAAAAAUUUACCUGUAAUAAUUGAUCUUCUUACACAAAAUCCAGGUUUAUCUACUAAUGAGGAUUGGGAUUAUAUUUCAAAUAUGUUUCAAAAAAUCAUUAAUGAUACCCAAGAUUCAGUGAAGUUUUUAACAGUCAGCUGUUUAAUUUCAAUCUUGAAAUUUUUCAACACAAAGGGUGAUCAUUCACAUACCAGAGAUCUUCUAGACUCUGCAACAAAAUUGAUAGGUGAUGAAGCGUGGAGAGUUCGUUAUAUGGCUGCUGAAAAAUUUGAUGAUUUAGCGUCGCAAUUCGCGCAAAACGAUGAGUACAUUGCGGAAUUAAUUCAACCUUUUUUAAAUCUUUGUGAAGACAACGAAAGUGAUGUAAGGAAAGCUGUUGCUAAGCAAAUCCCAGGUUUUGCGAAACUUUUGAAGGAUCCAUCCAUAGUUCUUUCAAAAGUAGUACCAGCUGUUCAAAGCUUAAGUAUGGAUGAAAGUGAAGGUGUCAGAGCCUCUUUAGCUCUAACUGUGACGAACCUUGUUACUUUGAUGUCCAAGGAGGAGGCAAUCGAUCAUAUGUUACCAAUUUUGUUGAACAUGCUAAAGGAUGAGUUUCCAGAUGUUCGAUUGAAUAUAAUCGCCAAUUUGAAGGUUGUAAAUGAUGUAAUAGGAGUUGAUCUAUUAUCGGAGUCACUCUUACCAGCUAUUACAGAACUAGCAAAGGAUGUAAACUGGAGAGUAAGAAUGGCAAUUAUCGAAUACAUACCAAUUUUAGCUGAACAAUUAGGUGUACAGUUUUUUGAUCAGCAACUCAGUGAUUUAUGUCUCUCAUGGUUGUGGGACACUGUAUUUUCUAUAAGAGAAGCUGCAGUUGCAAAUUUGAAGAAAUUGACUGAAAUAUUUGGUUCGGAUUGGUGUCGCGACGAAAUAAUUUUGAAGCUACUGAAAUUUGAUUCUCAGCUGUUGGAAAAUUUUGUUUAUAGGUUCACGCUACUCUCUGCAUUGACUGCUUUAGUACCUGUCGUCUCAAUGGAAGUUGUUUCCGAUCAAAUAUUACCAUUCGUCUCUCAUUUGGCUGAUGAUGCUGUUCCAAAUAUCAGAUUCAAUGUAUCGAAAUCUCUCGCUGCUAUUGUAGAAAAAUUGAGGAAAGAUAAACCUACUUACGAUGAAACCAUAAAGAAAUCAAUUAUGCCACUUUUGGAUAGAUUGGUGAAGGAUGACGAUUUUGACGUACAAUACUUUUCGAAAAUUAGUUUAGAAGAGUGUAAAAAGCUUCUGGAAUAA